AUAAAGACACCCUUUGUAAAUUCGUCCUUUUUCACACGAGUGGUGGUGCAUACAGCCUGCUGGAGGGAUAAAGUGAUCACUGAUCCUUCAUCAGGAGCACCGGUCAACGAGGCGACAACAAAGUGUCUCCCUCUCUUUUCCCCUCCUCGGGACCCUCAGUCUCACUCACUUGUCCAGCUCUUUGCCACUCUCCAUUCCCUUAACCAUGGCUCCGACGCUGGUCACAGCAUUCGCCCGGCGCUGGUGGAUGGCGGUGACUGCUAUCAUUGAGAAUCUCCUCUUUUCUGCUGUGCUCCUGGGAUGGGGAUCGCUUCUCAUUAUGCUCAAGUCAGAGGGCUUCUACUCGUACCUUUGCAGCGAUGAAGGUAACAGCUCCAGCUACAACAUGUCACUGGAGACGACGCAAGGGCCGGACGAGUACGCAGACUAUUACGAUGGCUUCGAGGGGCCCGUGGUGGACCUGGGGGACGGGGUGGAGAUGAAGCCCCUGGUCCCGAUGGACGGGCAGCUGAGGAUGAAUGGCUGGUUAAUCUGUAAAGAACAAGAUGAGAUGUUGAAUCUGGCCUUCACUGUGGGCUCCUUCCUUCUCUCUGCUAUCACGCUCCCGCUGGGAAUCGUCAUGGACAAAUACGGACCUCGUAAACUGCGAUUGUUGGGCAGCACAUGCUUCGGCCUGUCUUGUCUUCUCAUUGCGUACGGAGCCUACCGACCAAACGAACUCUCAGUCCUUAUCUUCAUCGCCUUGACUUUCAAUGGCUUUGGUGGCAUGUGCAUGACCUUCACUUCCCUCACGUUGCCAAACAUGUUCGGGGACCUUCGUUCCACCUUUAUCGCCCUGAUGAUUGGCUCCUAUGCCUCCUCUGCGGUCACCUUCCCUGGUGUCAAGGUGAUCUAUGACUUGGACAUAUCGUUCAUUACAAUUCUGGUGGUGUGGGCUGCCUGUGCUGGACUGGUGUUCCUCAACUGCUACUUCAACUGGCCCCUGGAACCCUUCCCAGGACCAGAAGAUAUGGAUUACACUGUCAAGAUCAAGUUCAGCUGGCUGGGAUUUGACCACAAGAUCACAGGCAAACAGUUUUACCGCCAAGUGACCACGGUGGGUCGUCGUCUCAGCGUAGGCAACAGCCUGGUGCAGAAAGAGCUCCCCACCAAGGAGGGCAAGCUCUGCCUCUCCACCAUGGACCUAGAGUUGGACGCAAAACCUCAAGAAGAGUCCCAGUCAUUUCUGAAAACGAUCACCACGCCCAUUUUCCUGCUCAGUUUGGUGACCAUGUCGGUGACUCAGCUGCGUCUUUUGUUCUACAUGGGGGCCAUGAAUAGCGUCCUUGAGGUGCUCAGCGAUGGUGACCUGAAUACAGUGGAAAGAAUGGAACUUGUGAGUUUGUACUCGUCCAUCUUUGGCAUGCUUCAGCUCCUUUGCCUCAUGACCACUCCUGUGAUCGGCCAAAUUAUGGACUGGAAGUUGAAAGACUGUGAUGACGGCGAUGAAUCCAAAGAUCCAUCCAGCAAGGAUGAACCAAAGAAAAAACGAAGAGAUAGAAAAACCCAGAAGGUGACCAACGCCCUGAGGGCAUUUGUGCUCACAAAUGUCCUUUUGGUGGGCUUCGGGAUCACUAGCCUGAUACCCAACCUCCCCCUCCAGAUCGUGUCAUUCGUCUUGCACACCGUGGUGAGAGGAUUCAUUCACUCGGCUGUCGGCGGCCUUUACGCUGCUGUGUACCCCUCAUCGCAGUUUGGCAGUCUUACGGGCAUGCAGUCGCUUGUCAGUGCUGUCUUUGCUUUGCUGCAGCAGCCCCUCUUUUUGGCAAUGAUGGGACCCCUGGAGGGAGACCCAUUCUGGGUCAACAUUGGCCUUCUGGCCCUCAGCAUGCUGGGCUUCCUGCUGCCUCUCUACUUGGUUUGCUACAGACAUAUGCUCCACAAAGAAAGGCAUGAGAAGGAGAACAACGCCAAGAUCUAUAUUAAAAUCAAUGGCUCUGACAUCCCAGAAGCCUUUGUUUAAGUACUGAGAGCGGUGACAGCAGGAUGGAAGAAUUAGGAGCUACUGGAGCCCACAGACACCAACGUGCAAACUGACCAAUCACGCAAUCACCCUCAUGUUUAAAGUCUGCUGUGAAAAAGGAUAAACGAAGCGGAAGAGGAAAGACUGUGAAAGGAAAGAGGCAUAGGCACUCUGCGUUCCCCCAAUCCUCAACUUCAUUUUGUCACAGUAUUGCACAUUAUAACGCCUUCUUUUGUCCCAUGAAACUGCUUAAAAAAUUGAAUGAUCAAAUUUCCUUUAACGACGUUAGUGAGCGGUGAUGGGCGGGGAGGAUAAGGCCCACUGAGAAAGUUGCAAUGUUACAGGAAAAAUAGAUUUUGUCAUUACUUGUAAUCUAAUGAAAAUAAAGUCGGAAUAUUACGAGAGCUUCACAUUCAGAAAUUGUUUUUAGCAAAUAUUGAAUGAUAUUAACUACGUUUUCACAUUUAGUUGUAAAAAUGAAAACAUUAUUAGGAUUCUGAAUUUUUUCUCAGAAUAUUUUGACUUUAUUCUCAUGCUAACCAUUGUUUCAACCUCUUGUGCCAAUUUUUGUCUUAGUUAUUUUUGAGUUUUCUGAGACUGAACUCAUUUGAAUGCCAUCUUGUGUUUCUAUGGUCAUUUUUGACUGUCGUCUACCUUAAACUCACAUUUAAGUGGCUUACGUUGUUUUCAAGUAGGAACAGUAUUGUAGAUAUAUGUCAUCAUGGUCUUUAAGGCUUUUUCUACAAUCAGGCAAACUGCAUUAUUGGUAUUGCUACAAGCAAAGUAACCAUUUGAAUAUUUAUUUUGUUUCAAACUUUCUUUAGUCUAGUGUUUUGUUUUUUACUUUAAGUCUACCAGAUGUGCUUUUGGGGUCUUAAUAAAGAUACAAUUGCUUUCCUUAUCACAAGA